GCCCCGCGCGCGCCGUGACUCGGCCGGGGCGACGGCGGCGACGGCCGGGAUGGAGUGAGGGGGCGAGCGGCGGACAGAGCGCAGCCCGGGGCCCACGGUUUCUCUCUCUAGCCUGGGCCUAUGCGGGCCCUCAGAGAUCAUGGGAUCCAGGAUCAAACAAAAUCCAGAAACUACCUUUGAAGUGUAUGCAGAAGUAACCUACUCAGGAAUUGGUUGCAUUGGCAAAGAUCCUGAGGUGCGGAGGCAAUUCCCAGAGGACUACAGUGACCAGGAAGUUCUGCAGACUUUGACCAAGUUUUGUUUCCCCUUCUAUGUGGACAGCCAUGCAGUUAACCAAGUUGGGCAGAACUUUACAUUUGUGCUUACAGACAUUGACAGCAAACAGAGGUUUGGAUUCUGUCGCUUAUCUUCUGGGGCCAAGAGCUGCUUCUGUAUAUUAAGUUACCUCCCGUGGUUUGAAGUCUUUUAUAAGCUGCUCAAUGUCUUGGCAGAUUAUUCAGCAAAAGGACAGGAUAGUCAAAGGAGUGAGCUCCUAGAUACGCUUCAUAAACUUCCCAUCCCUGAGCCAGGAACCUCUGUUCAUCUUGGAGUGCACUCUUACUUUACCGUGCCUGACAUCAGAGAGCUUCCGAGUAUUCCUGAAAAUCGAAAUCUGACAGAGUAUUUUGUAGCAGUUGAUGUCAACAACAUGCUGCAUCUCUAUGCCAGUAUGCUGUACGAGCGCCGCAUCCUCAUUUGUUGUAGUAAGCUCAGCACUUUAACUGCCUGCAUUCAUGGGUCUGCAGCUAUGCUUUACCCGAUGUUCUGGCAGCAUGUUUACAUUCCUGUCCUGCCCCCACAUCUAUUGGACUACUGUUGUGCCCCAAUGCCCUACCUCAUUGGAAUACAUUUAAGUUUGAUGGAGAAAGUAAGAAACAUGGCCCUGGAAGAUGUUGUGAUUCUUAAUGUAGACACCAACACACUGGAAACCCCUUUUGAUGACCUUCAGAGCCUUCCUAAUGAUGUGGUUUCUACGCUGAAGAGCAGAUUGAAGAAAGUCUCUACAACCACUGGAGAUGGUGUUGCAAGAGCGUUUCUAAAAGCACAGGCAUCUUUCUUUGGGAGCUACAGAAACGCCCUGAAAAUUGAACCUGGUGAACCCAUCACUUUUUGUGAAGAAACGUUUGUGUCCCACCGUUCUGCUGUCAUGAGGCAGUUUCUUCAGAACGCCAUCCAGCUCCAGCUCUUUAAGCAGUUCAUUGAUGGCCGUCUGGAUCUUCUUAACUCUGGAGAGGGCUUCAGCGAUGUUUUUGAAGAAGAGAUAAAUAUGGGAGAGUAUGCAGGUAGCGACAAACUGUACCACCAGUGGCUCUCCACAGUGAGGAAAGGAAGCGGAGCCAUUUUAAACACCGUAAAGACCAAGGCCAACCCUGCCAUGAAGACUGUCUAUAAGUUUGCAAAAGAUCAUGCAAAAAUGGGAAUAAAAGAAGUGAAAAACCGCUUGAAGCAAAAGUCAGCGUUAUCCUCUAGUGUCUCCUUGUGCCCCUUGCCCUUAAUCAAGAGUGUUCCUGGCCAUGCUAUUCACACCUUUUCCCGCCGUGCAGGACAUUGCUGAGAACGGUUUGUUCCGCAGCGCCGGAGGAG